AGCAACACCUUUGGUAAACACUUCCUCAUGUAGCAGCAAGAAUAAAGCCGAAGCAGUCAUUCUUUGCUUUGCACAGUCAAAGGCAGGCUGGGGACAGCUCAAGUUGGCACUUCGGCUUCUGAAAUCAAAGGGCUACGUCGCCUCAUCAACCCCCUGCCCAAAAUGAUCAAAGGCCUCUUUGUUACGACUUGCAUGGUACUUCUUCACCAUCAAGGGAACUCACUGAAGGAACUUCCUGGAGUGAAGGACUAUGAAAUAGUAUAUCCUCAAAAAAUCCAUGCGUUGCACAAAAGAGAUGUUGGAGGAAGUCAGAACCACAAGGCCAAGUAUGAAGAUGCUGCAGACUAUGAAAUGAGAGUGAAUGGAGAGAAGGUGGUCCUUCACCUCAAAAGAAACAAGGAUCUUCUUUCCAAAGACUACACCGAGACCCAUUACUCCCCUGAUGGCAGAGAAAUUACAACAAGCCCAAAUGUUGAGGACCACUGCUAUUAUGAAGGUUACGUCCAAAAUGAUACUGACUCUACAGCAAGCAUCAGUGCAUGUUGUGGUUUGAGAGGGUAUUUCAAGAGUGGUGGUGAGAGGUAUCUUAUCGAACCUCUGAAGUUAUCAGACAGUGAAGCACAUGCAGUCUUCAAAUAUGAUAGCCUAGAAAAGGAUGAGACCCCCAAGGUCUGUGGGGUAACCAACACUACUUGGCAAUCAGAAAACCCCACCAAAAAGACCUCCAGGAUGAGCACAAGUGCAGAAAAGCAGGCAUACCUGAAGGCCAGGAAAUAUGUCGAACUUUACGUAGCUGUAGACUACACAGCGUUCAGGAAGUAUAGCCGCAAUAUGACUGGUGUUAGGACAAGAGUAUUUGAAAUAGUCAAUUACAUAAACAUGGUUUACAAAGCCAUAAACGUUCAUGUAGCAUUGAUUGGCCUAGAAGUUUGGUCUGAUGGGGAUAAGAUUGAUGUGAAUGAAUCUGCUGGCAGCACUUUAGACCGGUUCUCAGCAUGGAGGCAGGCAGUUCUGUUGAAGCGGAAAAGGAACGAUAAUGCUCAGCUACUCACAGGAAUUGACUUCAGUGGACCAACAGUAGGAUUGGCCUAUGUUGGAACCAUGUGCAACCCUGCUCAUUCAUUGGGAGUUGUUCAGGAUCACAACCCAAACCCAAUUGCUAUUGGUGCAACCAUGGCCCAUGAAAUGGGGCAUAACUUUGGCAUGAAUCACGAUGUCAGUUUCUGUAAGUGCAGUUCUGGAUCAUGCAUCAUGGCGGCACAACUCAGCUACAAAACUCCCCGGGACUUCAGCUCCUGCAGUUUGCAGGAUUUUCAGAAAUACAUCAUGGACCGGACCCCAUCCUGUAUAACUAACAUGCCAUCUCCGAAAGAUAUCAUUGCAACCCCAGUCUGUGGGAAUGACUUUGUUGAAGAGGGAGAAGAAUGUGACUGUGGCUCUCCAGAGGAAUGCAAAAAUGACUGCUGUGAGGCUGCAACUUGUAAACUGAAGCCAGGUGCUAAAUGUGGAUAUGGGGAAUGUUGUGAAAAUUGCCAGAUUAGAAGAGCAGGAGCUGUAUGCCGGCCAGUGAAGCAUGACUGCGAUCUACCAGAACUGUGCACAGGGACCUCUCAGGAAUGUCCUGUGGAUCGCUUCCGAGUGAAUGGAUUCCCUUGCAAAAAUAACGAGGGUUACUGCUACAUGGGGAAGUGUCCCACUUUGCAGGACCAGUGCAUUGCACUUUGGGGGCCAGGUGCCACAGUGGGUGUGGAUUCUUGUUAUGCUAUAAACCAGAAUGGGGUUUAUUAUGGCCAUUGCAAGAAGGCUAAUGGCACAUACAUACCAUGUGGAAAAAAAGAUAUAAAGUGUGGCAAGUUAUAUUGUACAGGGGGUUCUCGAAUGCCUUCAACUGGAAGUCUAGUGUCAUUUGAUACAUGCAAAGGCAGUUUCCCAGGCAAGGACCAAGAAGAUGGUGGAAUGGUUGCCUCUGGAACAAAAUGUGGAGAAGGCAUGGUCUGCAGCAAAGGGCAAUGUGUCGAGAUUGAGAGAGCCUACAGGUCCACCAACUGUUCUUCCAAGUGCCAAGGACAUGCUGUAUGUGACCAUGAGCUGCUAUGCCAGUGUGAAGAAGGAUGGGCGCCACCAAAUUGCGAUGACCCCACAGCAAAUAGAUAUAUCAUCAUCAUUGUUGCAGUGUUGUUAGCCAUUUUAGUCACAGCAGUCACCAUCAUUGUCUUGUUCCGGUACAAAAUUUCAAAGAAGAAAAAUAGUCCAAGUGCCCACAAGAGUAUGGCUGGAUCCACAAACCAUGCCUUCUCAGGUCAAGAACAGAAGAGAAGACAGCAUCUUGGCCCUGUGCCUGGCCCUCCAGAGGUCACCUCUUCCAGAGUUCUGCUCCCUCCACCUCCACCCCAAGCAAACAAACCACCAGUUUCUGUUCAAAUUCCAGAUGAACCAUGCAACCACAUAUCAACCAUGUAUCAAAAUGCCAGAAUGCCAAUUGUAAAGCCAAACAUUCCUCCACCUCCAAUUCCAACUUCCAAGCCAGGUUUUUCUCCGGUCAACAGCACAGCAGCAGCAAUGAUGUCAACUCCUUCUCCCCACUUCAAACGUAAGACAGCUCCUCCACCUCCGCCCCAGGCAUUGAAGCCCCCAGGUAACCCCAAGAUAUGAAGCAAAUGAAGGACCAAACCAAAUCCUGUUCUCCAGUUACAAGGAACCUUCCCCCCAUCACCAAUUCCCCAUGGCUUUUCCAUCUGUGAAGAAAACAGAACAAGCUUUGUUUUUAAAGGUCUAAUGGUUUUGUCUGCAAAAGGAAUUGAAGCAUUUGCGUUCAGAGUAUUGUUGCCUGCAAUCCUCCUGACUCUUCAGAAAGUAACUGAAAGGUGCAAUACUCAAGCAUUUUGCAGUAUAUCCAUAGUGAUAGAAUCAUGAUUUAGGAGAUCCUGGUACAAAAGAAACGGUGAACUGAGCCACGUAGUUUUAAGCAAUGAAGUUUCUUUCUGGGCCAGUGGUCUCCAUGCCAGUUGUGAUCGCCCAUCACUGCCAUCUGUGGACAAGACAUGAGGUUUUUGGAGGCUGCUCAAAGCUUUAUGGGAUUAGGAGUGGGAUUUUUCCCUGACUACUGAACUGCUCAUCUUAUUUUCGUGGAGUGAGAGCAUACCACUAUGCCUUGAACAAUCCCUCAAAACAAUGCAGGCUAUUAUUAAAAUGGGGGAAAGUCAAUCUGUUUGACCCUUCUCUCCACCUUCAUGCGUCCACAAACCAUUACUUUCUCAGAAUGCUCAGACUCCAAAUCUCUUGUGCUUCACACAUUUAUUGCUAAACAGCUUCGAUAAUGUGCAAUGGUACUAGUGUUGCCAGCUUAUUUUACCAGCACUGCUCCUGUGCAUUUAACAACAGCUUGAUCUGCAGAUAUGUGCAGGUGACUGUGUUUCUCUCUCAAAUGCUGAUUCUUUCAAUCCAAGCUGCUGUUAAAGGCAGAGGAGCAGGGCAGUUGGCAACCUUAAAUGAUAGAAGGAAUCCUUGUAAGCUCUUGCUUAGACUAGAGUGCCAUUUUAAAUAGUUUAUUUAUCAUAGAGUGUAAACUUAAGAAACACUACAAUUCAAAUGCUCACAUAUGCUUUAAGCAUCUGAUUUGUACGUGGCUGUGAAAUAAGUUGGAAUACAACAGUAUAUUCUUUCUUUUUGGGUUAACUCUAUGAAAAGGUCAGUAGUGAAACAAUUACUGUAGAAAUUAGGGGGCAGCAAUGGGAUCCAAUGUACUGAUGUGUAAUAUCAAAAAAAAUCAGGUACACCAACACAACUAGAAGUAUAGACUUGUUAGGUCAGAACAAUUAUCUUUCAGCAUUUUUUUAAAAUAAGGAUGUUCUGAAAGUAUCCUCUUUUUGGAGUUCAGAAUUAUCUACUUGUCUUAAUUCUGAAGUGCAAUUCUUGAUUCUCCAUUGCUUGCUCACUCUCCUCACACGGAACACUGUGCCCACAGUUUACUUACUUUUCAGUUACUUCAUGUCUCCUCCCUUCUCUGCAUCACUAAAGCAAGCAUGAUGUGAUCAUAUGCACAGUUGCAUCAAGAUUCCUUGGCUGGUGUUUUUCCCAUGUGACAUGUGUUGUGUAUCAUGUCACAACAACAUGCAUGCAUGCAUCAGUAAUACACCCUGCAUUGUAGUGAGGGAUGUGAUCAUAUCAGGAUUGCUUUUCUGCAGUGUUUUACUGAGACAGAUAUGCACAUCAGGACUGGAAAAGUGGUAGACGGAAGAUGCAUAUGAACCGAAGCAAAUGGUGUGGUUUGAUUGUGAAAUUAAUUACAGAUUUUUCCCUGGUUAAAUUGGAAUUUGGGAAGAGCAGAACUCAGGGCUGGCUGGAACAGAAAUGCCAUCAGAGCAGGACUUUAGGGCAGAUAACAAGGGGUUUGACUCAGCAGAAUGAACAAGUGGACCCAUGACUGCAGAAGGAUUGGUUUAGCCACAUUUUGAAGUAAGCACAUUACAAUGUAAAACCAGGGAACAGUCUAAAUUGCCUAACUGGAAAGCUCACCUAUAUUCCUUGACCCACAAGCUGUACAGAGCUCUCUGGAGGAAGAUCAGGUCGAAAGAGUAAUCUAUGAAAUUAAAGGAUACCACGCAAGGCGCAGAAUCAAAAAUCCAUAGCACGUGUGUCUUCCUGGACCAGCAUUCUCAACCACCUGUUCAUGUUUUUUGUUACAUUCACAGCACAGAUAAGCCCUCAAAAUAUUUCUGAUACAGUCUUCAAAUUUGAGCACAAUGCAAAGAGUACAUACAAUCAGAAUACUGUGUAUACAGAGAGCUGUAAGAUGGUCUUUAUUUAUCAAUAGUUCGGAUGCAACUAGAGUUUGGGUCUUAAAUACAAGAAUUGUGAAGGUGGAGUCAUGGUGAGCAUUUAUGGAAAAGCAGCAGCAGUGGGGAAGGAGUUAACCCUCCCUGCUGCUUUUUCUCUACAGCCAGCGCCACAUUCACAGUGGUGCAGACAGUUCCUCCCCGCAGGGCACUGAGCUGACAGGGCACAAAAUUGAGAAGAUCCAUUUGGGGGGCAGAAAUCUUUGGUCUUGCACAUGGCACCAUGCUACAAAAGAUUACCAAGUCCACCUCUUCUGAAGCCCCUUCUAAUCUAGUAUCCCCACUGUUUAGCUCAGAGGUACUAGAGUGGCGAGUGUGUUAGAGAGAGAGAGAGAGAGAGAGAGAGAGAGAGAGAGAGAGAGAGAGAGAGAGAGAGAGAGAGAUUCCCUGCAAGUAGAGCAAAUAAAGCAAGGAGCCAAGUUGGUUACAACAUUUCCCCUGGCUGUGUUGCUUUUCUGCUUGCAGGGAGUGCUUCGACAUGGGGAACACACUCAAAUGGCACCUGCCUCCCACCUUCAGCCUCAAGCAGUCCCGUCUAUUCUGCCAUCCCCUUCAGGGUUCUACCGCCUCAUUCUGCUGCUUGUGGACAUUAAGCCUUAGAGAUCAGGUUUCUUGGCCUGAGGAGGAGGAGGAGGCAGGCAGGCAAGAAGAGGAAAAGCAGGGGUAAGGGAAUCGUUGGGCAUCACCAAUUCUCCCUCGCAGCUGUCCCUGCCUAUAAGCCAGACUCACAAAUAGAAGAUUGCCAAGUUUCAGCUACAGGUCACAUAUUUAGAGAGUUACAGUGGUACCUCUGGUUAAGAACUUAAUUCGUUCUGGAGGUCUGUUCUUAACCUGAAACUGUUCUUAACCUGAGGUACCAGGUUAGCUAAUGGGGCCUCCCGCUGCUGCCCCACUGCGAUUUCUGUUCUCAUCCUGAGGCAAAGUUCUUAACCCGAGGUACUAUUUCUGGGUUACCUGAAGUGUCUGUAACCCGAGGUACCACUGUAUAAUGUUUAAACACAAAGAUAAAAUCACCGCCCUGUCAACUCCCAACUCUGCUUUUAAAGCUCAGGUGUCUGGGGACGGCAUCCCUGCACAUUCCAGGCAGGAAAAGAGCUCAUGGAGGGUAUGGAGCAGAGCCACUGCCUUUAACAGCAUGCAUGGAAUCUCUUGCAGUUGUGCUCUCAGAUGCAUCCUCCAUGCAUUUCAAUGGGGGCCAGGUCAAGAAAGUUUCUUGCUAGCUCAUAUCCCUUUUCUCCAGCCAUGAGUUUCCUAUUGAUUAUUUCUUCUGUGCUGUGUUUCCCCACCCCACCUCGGAGGAGCUUUUUUUUUUUUAAUGUAAGUGAUUUUGCAUCUGGUGAAUGGAGAUUUUGAAAUGUUAUAUUGUUAUCUAUGGAGAAAGUGUAUUUACAAAUAUAUCUGUAUUUAAAAUGUUAUUAUAUAAAGUUAAACUUUUCUGGAAGAGACAAAACCCCUGCAGUAGAGUAUUAAGUCUUGUCUAUUUAUCCAUCAUUUUAUUUUGUUUAAAUUGCUUCUAUGCCGAUUUACAUUUCUGAAAAAUGUCUGGAUGGUUUAUGGCAGGCAUCCCCAAACUUUGGCCCUCCAGAUGUUUUGAACUACAAUUCCCAUCUUCCCUGACCACUGGUCCUGUUAGCUAGGGAUCAUGGGAGUUGUAGGCCAAAACAUCUGGAGGGGCGCAGUUUGGGGAUGCCUGGUUUAUGGCCCUAUCUCAGCAUGGCAAAUAGAGAAUGUUGCAGAAUGUCAAAACAAAGCCUAAUACAGAGUCCAGAGGAUGAAACCAUUAUUCAGAGCUCUCCUAGUUAAAACAGAAUAGAUGACACAUGUCUGACAGUACUGAACAACUCUUUCUCCCUUUUUAAUAAUAACAACAUGGGGAGGGGGGGUGACAGAUCAGGAUUGGGAUGGCAGGACUCUCCUCCCUGCACUGCAGUCUCAACAAAAAUCUCACACCCCUUUCCUGCAAGGCCAGAUUAAAGUGAUGGGGCCGGUGCUUCCCUGUUCCUUGCCAUGCCCCACCUAGACUUUAGGUCAAAACAGUACUUCAGAACUGUACACCUAUGUAUCUGCAAAGCAGCCCUGACAUCUACUGUUUAAAAUCUACAACUACAUUCCAAAAAGAGAUGUAGCAUUUUCAUAUUACUUUUUCUUCUGGUGAAAAGAGCUGUGAGCAACUCAAAUGCUGGAAUGAAGCAUGAAGUGCAGAAGACACAGGACAGACAAAAGGAACUAAACUAUAUGGAACGUGCUCCACCAAGAGGUAGUGAUGGUCACCAGUUUGGAUUGUCUAUAAAUGGAUCAUUAGACAGAUUCAUGGGGGAUGAGGCUACCAAUGGCUACUAGUCACAAUGGCUAUCUUCUCCUUCCACUGUUGGAGGCAGUAUGUCUCUGAAUGCAACCUCAAGCAAUCAGUUAUGAUAUGAUCACAGACCUGCUAAGCGGAAUACUGGUUACUGGGAAUUGCAGGUGGGGAGAGCCCUGCUGCACUCACUUCCUGCUUGGGGGCAUCACAUAGGUACAUGGUUGGCCACUGGACCAUCUUCUUACAUUCUUAUGCAAGUAACUAAACAGAGCUCCCCACUAGCUAUGUGA